UCUCGCGCACUCUCGUUGCUCUCGUUCAUUCGCGUGUUUUGCGUUAGGAGGACAAGGUUAUUGGUGUUCGUAGGCUGGUGUGUUACCCCAAAAUUAAAUAAAAUAUUGAAGGUAAACAAAGCCAUUAAUUGUUAGUGUUCACAGUUAUAAGUGUAGCAUUCUUCUUUCCAGUCUGGUAUUUGUGUCAUUGUUAAGUCUAAUUGGUAUGUGAUAGAACCCGCAUGUUUUUAUUUACGUCAGAUCACCUCCGCCCAAACAUGGAAACUCGUCGCUUAUUUCGAGAUACUGAACACCGUGCAAUUUGAAUCGGCGCUACCGUUGGAUGAAAGAGGAAGUACAACUAAGUUACAGUACUGGGAUCACUUAUCGAACAGCAAGGACUCCCGUGUUCGUGUAGACCCAUACAGGGUCUAUGGUUCUGUGCUCCGCUGUGCCUCUCGGCCAUCAUGGUGUAUGAAGUGACUCGUCUCAAGUGCAGCUGACCCAGCUCGGGGGUCAACAUGAUGAGCAGUGGACCGCGGACCUCACAUCCACCAGACGGGCUAGAGCCAGAGAGGGAGCCAGUGAAGUUUGAUGUCCAUCUUCGGGGGGCUCCAAAUGAGGUAGUGCAGCUGGUACAAAAUAUCAAGGAUGUUGCAGAACAGUUCCUGUACCACUGGAAGACAUUUCCAAUCGUCCUGCCACAACCUCUCACUGUAUCAAGCCCACCUGUACACCAGCACCAACAUCAGAAUUCGACAGGAGGGAACAGCUCUGAGCUCAAUGGGAGCAAUGUUGCUGGAUCGACUGAUAACAAUGGCUCAUCACUAUCUUUGGCACGAAGAAGCAACAAACACCUGAAUAUGCGUGAUCUGUUUCUUGCGCCAUCAUUUGAUGAACUUGAUGCAGUUGCUGUUGACUCUAAAGGAGAGCCAAGGAGACUCAGCAGUAAGCAACUUGAGUAUAUCAGAGAAAGGGGCUUACACAAGGAUAAAUAUGGAAAGCCGAAGAAAUUGAGUGCUACUCAGUUGGAAAGUAUUCGACGUUGGGGAGAAUUUGAAGUGGAGAGUCUAAACUUCGCAGGACAGGUGCACAAGUGGCGACUAAGUCAGCUUCUUCAGAAAGGAACAGAACGUAGCCAAGAGUCACUUCUGAAUGACCUCGCACUUGCACUGAGGUUCAUCAUUGUCACUGCCAGGGGACGUCUCUUCUCUCACUUCUUUAGCUUGUAUAAGGCAUUGCGUGCUCUACUUACUGGACUGCUACGCUUAUUAGAUAUUAUUAUUGGUGUACCGUCCUUACAAGCUCACAACCUGGAUGCCAAAAUUCGGGAGGAAAGAUGCCGAUAUUUGGUUGCAGAAUUAGUUUGCCGGACUGAGUUUGAGGACUCUUUAGAGUUGCUUUGUGGGUUUGUGCGUCGCCAGUUACGUCGAGCCACCAUGGAAAAGUUUGAAGUGGAGCGAGAGGCAUCACACCCUCCAGUUCCUGUCCCAUAUCUCUUUCUUACACCCAAGGGUGUUGAGUUGGAUUUGCGUUUGUUCAACCGUGACAUCAUGAGACGUGCCCUUCCUCUCCUGAUGGCCAUUUUGGAACGUGAGACUCGUGGGUGGUUCUUACAUUUCCGGGAAAGACUUAUCUCUGAGUUGCGAAGCCAGAAGCUGCCAGAUGAGGAAAUUGAAAGAGAGGUGAACCAGGCAGUAAUGCAGGAAUAUCUGCAGAGGGUAUACACAAGCAUCCUUUCACACCCUGACCUGAUGGCACUUGGUGAAGGCAUUCCCCAGCUGUUGGUUCAGCAGGCACAAUCUGUUAUUCUUAUGCACAGGGCUGUUGAAAAUGUUCAGCGAAAGUUGGCUAAAACAAAGGAGUCUCUGAGACAGCGCAUCGAGUAUAUGUAUCCUGUGCUGUCUCGUAUUCAGCCGUGGAUGAGGAACAAAUUGAGGAGUGCAGAGAGCCACUUUAUUGAGGAAUGUCAGUGGAGUGCGCAUGAAGAGGCCCUUGUACUCUGCAGCAGCCAACGACUGCAUCAGACACUGUACUUCCUUAACAGGGACCUCGUUUUCAUGAGGGAGAGAGAGCCAGUACUGCUGAAAGAACUCCGUAAGGUGAAGACACCCACUCGAAGCUUCCAAUGGUUAACUCAGAUCUGGUUCCCAAGUAACUGGAUUGUUAGACGUAACUUUCAGGGCCAGUCUGAAGUCAUUCCAACUGUUCAGAGUGCAACAGCCACCUCCAUCACCACUCCUCGUUCUGAUCCCAGCCAACCUGUGUUCCUCGUGGAAAAGGAGGUAGUCCGCACAACAACAACCAGAUGGCCCAUGUGGAGGUGGAUUAACUACUGUCAUCGUACCUGGAGCUGGACCUGGAAUGCCAUGUUCUUUUUUGGAGUAGUGAUCCCAUGGUGUAGUCCUGUGGGACUUCGAGCACUGUUCUGCGUGGAUCCAUUUAUGCCUGAUCUGGAAUUGUCACAGGUGAAUGGCACACUCUUCCCACGCAAAUCAUCUCUCACACCAACUCUCUGCUCCAGGCUGCUUGCGCUAUGGAGACAUAUAUCAAAAUCACGAACACACUUUGAGACCAAGCCAGAUACAGGUUUCAUAGGUAAAGGCAUGACACGACAUAUCAAUCGCUUAUGGAACUACAUUGUCAAGGGCCUGCUUGGAACUCUUGGCAUCAUAUUGGUAUUCCCCCUUGUCUGUUUAGUGAUCAGCUGUGGAAGUCUUCUUAUUACAGCUACAGCUCUACUGUGGAUGCCAAUUGUAACACUCGGGCUACACUUGUUCAUGGCACUGAUUUGUGACCUGGAUAGCCCUGAUCCAAAUCAUAAUCGCUACUUGGUGAUACUAGAGGCAAUACUGUGGAAUAUUGGGUUCCAGGGAUGUGUUCAGCCACUUGCAGCCUUGUUUGUAGCUUUUGUGGUGUGUCCUGUUAUCUCUCUGACAGUUUUAACAGUGGGCAUGUUGCGGUACUGGCUGCGUCUCGUGUGGGAUGCAGCUGCGUUUCACUUGCUGAUAAAGAAACGUGGUAGAGUCCCAGCAAGCGACAGCUUUGUUGUGAAACGAAUAGCGGGACCAGGUUUGGCAUCCAACUACUACUUCCAGAUCCGACCAGAGCAGGCGCUUGCAGCUUUUGAGGCUAAAAUGGAGAUGGAUGAACUCGCUGCUUAUCAACAUGAGAUGGAGCAGACAAUAUUGCAACCUCAGAAGGAUUUCAGCCAAUUUGUGAGCGCGUGUUUUGGUCCAUUCUCAGCCCAGCUUGCAAAAGUUGGACCAUACAGAACUCUAGACAAAGAAGCACAGGAUCUUAUAGGAGCACUUCAUGAGAAACUUGAGCGUAGACGAAGAGAUUUACAGACAGGGCUUGGAGUUAGCGUUAGGAGUAAAAUUAAACUUACCACAGUGGAGCUGAAGGUUGCCAUCCAGCAAGGAGCACUGAUGUUGGAGAGAUUCUAUCCAUCCCACGUGUUGCAGCGGCUUCCUAUAAAUGAGGAGGAUUUCUGGGAAUCUAAGGGAUUGUCUGUGAAUGAUUGGGCUGGGUUAGCUGGCCUGAUGUAUGCAGACAUCUUCAGUCUUGACUUUCUUACUCCACUGGAUGACACUGAUACCAGGUUCAGGUUGGAGCCACAUCAGCAGGUGGACUUAACAAGGUACACAGAGAUGGUACAUGGAGCAGAACUGGGUGCAGGCGGUCCAGAUCUGUUGGGACCUGUGUAUGCUCCAAGGGGCAAUAUACGAGUCCAUUCGCCCUACCUUGAAGUAUCAGCUUUUAAUCCUCGUUCCAGAGCUGCUGCUACUGGUCGCAAGCAGGACAAGAGAGGGGAGACUGGUGGUGGAAUUUCGACAAGUCAUGGCCAUCGAAGAGCCAACAUAUCAUCAGGUUCUGGGAACAUUGCAACAAUGUGGCACCCUUGGAAACAGCAUUCCCAUCCGUACAAUGCAGAGAAACUGCUCAUUCCUCUCCCUGUGCCCCAUCCAGCACACAUCGCUGUUACAAUUCACAAUCGUGACAGUGAAGAUCCAAUUCCUUUAGACUCGGAAUUGUGUCAGAACAUUCUUAAAGCUGUUGAGGACUCUCAUGCUCACCCUUUCAACACUCAAGAGGCUCUUGAAGAUAUAAGAAAUGUGGGUCGUUUUCGAGGUGGUGGCGAUGGCAGUUUGGAUUCUGUUGAAUCACAGAUUUCAGUUAGUGGUGUGGGUGGAGAGGAUGAUGGACAUCAAAAGGAAAGUGGUAUUGGUGAAGGUGGCGAAAGGGAAAGAGAAACAGAAGGUGAGAGUUUUAGGUGGAGGCAUAUGGAGUGGGGAGAAGUGACAGCACGAAGAAGGAAUAAUUCUGGAACAGUUAGAGUUGACCUGGCUUCACCAGAAGAUGUCACAUUGGACACUGAUGCAACACGCGUGGUCUUCAGUUCAUAUGGUACAACAGUCUGAAAGCAAAGAGGACCAGCUAGUGCCUAUUUGUUAAUGUUGCUGGCACAUGCAUGAGAAGCCAAAUAUGCUAAGUACAUGGCAGGGAGAAGUACACUGUAGCUGGGACAAAUUAUUACAUAUUUAAGUCAGAAGUAUAUAUCGUAAAUGGAACAUAUAAGGGAACUCUUUUGAAUCUAAAUAUGUCUGCUCAUCUGUAAAUAUUGCUGAAGGAAUGUAAGAUUGGUAGCAGAAUCCAGUCAACAGCGUUGUUAUCCCAAGCUACAUUUCAUUUCAGUUUUUCAUAAUGGCAAAGAUUGAAGACCACUAUUAUGUGGGAGUGGAAGUUUUGAAUUAAUUUUGAUUGUUAGUUUUUGUUAAUGGGAAGACUGAAGUCUGCUAUUGUGUGAAAUCAUGGAAGUAAGAGUUCUGAAUUAAUUUUAAAAAUUUUUUGUGAUACAGAAACAUUAGAUUAGUCAGAAAAUGAUGAUGAUCCUAAUGUGUGAGAUUUAACAUUCGCAAGGCAGUGACUAUGAAGCGUACCAAUUUUGUGGACAUUACACUGUAUAGUCCGGUAGUUUACUGAUGUGUUGGAGGAAUAUUUGUCACUAUAUUCAGGGCUUUGACCUUGAAGAUGGAAACAGAACACAUUCCUCUUAAACUUCUGUAGGACUAUAUGGUAUAAUAUCCCAGGAGAUAGUAUUCUUCAUUAUCCUAGUAAUUAUAACAACAAGAACACAAGAUAGACACCAAUUUAUUAAUUGAGAUUAAAUAAUGGUAGAUAAUGCAGUGGGCCAGAAACUUAAGAUAUGAAUGUAGAGAGGGUGUUUGACACUUUUUUAAUCUAAUGCUCUCUAAAUCACGGUGUGAAAAUGUAAAUGUUGUUUGUAGUAUCUGUUAACAGUAUCAUAACACUGGUAUGAAUAGCAUUACCAUUAUAGUCUUGUAAUUCUUUUUUGUUGUUAAAUAUUUUCUUUCAACUUCCGAGUGCUCUGCAUAUCUUGAAAGGAACUUGUCCUAAAAUCUAAAAGAAUAUCAUUAUUAUAGGAACAUUGAUCUGUAAUUGGUAGUUUGCACUAGUGAUAAUGUGCGUUUUGUUUUGUUUACUUUCUUAGCUUGUUGAAUCUGUAAGCAAUUGUGAAAAUUCCUCAACAUCUUGCGAGAUGUUUUUGAAAAUUGCUCAGUGAAUGUUACAGUGAGUAACUGGAAGGUUGUAACCAUGUUUUCUUGUGAAUUUAUUUUUGGGAUAUGGCUAAACAAAAUCCAUUCAGAGCAAAGAGUCAAAAGCCAUUUAAAUAUCAAAAUCUGGAAGUGUUGUGAAAAUGUAUUUGAAUUCUUGAGAUUUUUAUUAAACAUUCUAUGUACACAAUUCAUAUUAUAAGAUCUUUUUUUAUUUCCAGGAUGACAAAGUCUUCUUACAUUGCUUUCUCUCUUGUAGUCACAGAAGAGGUCCCAAUAUAGCCUGUUAUUUCAUAAUUGUUCUGGUGUUUCAUCAGUAGUAAAUACUACAAGUUCUUUUUGUAUUAAAAGGAACCUAGAUUUUUUACACAUGAAAGAGAAAUGUGCCUAAGAAAUAGAAAUUAUUUUCCAUUCAUUUGUAUUUAUUUUUAUAUCGUCCUUACAUUGACAUUAAGUGUUAUUUUAAUACUUCUGAGCAAAUAAAUUAAGUUUCAAUAAAAGGGAUUUCUUUUAGGGUUCAAGGGUGAAAGUAAAAUGAGUGGCUGGUGUCAUAGGAAGGAUCAUGUUUGGGUUCUUAUCCAUGACAGAAGAAGUUUUCACAUAGUGAGCCCUUUAUUAUGGCCACAGAAAAUUCAAUACAAUUAAUUUUCCUUAAUUGCUUUAAUGUUAUCAUACAAUAAUAGUUAAUUGUACAUUUUUUGUGUGUUGAAUAAAAUUUAAAUUGUGACAUGUGAAAUAUGAAAGAAAUAUUUUUUCUUCAUUUAUUUGGAAUUAUUUUUAUAUUCUUCGUGAAGUCACACUAAAUGUUCUUUUGCUGCCUCAGAAUAUGGUGUAUAUUAAAUUUAUAUAAAAUGGAUUUCAGUUAAAACUGGAAUUUGUAAAGGAGUGGCUAGUGUCAUAGAAAGGAUGGCAUAAGAUGUUUUCACUGGGCCAUGUAGUUUCUUAGCAAAAGAAAUAAAAUUAUUUACCAUAAUCCAACAGUCGAGUUUUUCAGAAUGUAAGUAUCAGAUAGCUUUUGUAUUUUGAUGAUGACAUUUUCAACUGCUCAUUGUAGGCAGAGCUAUGUCCUAGUCUUGUUUAUCUUAGAACUGAUGUCUUCUCUGAGUAGCUGAGAAUGUCCCCUGUGUUGUGUGAAAGCUUCUGCUACCUGCAUCUAAUUUGUCAACUAGAACCAUUACAACGAUGACUAGUGUCUGUUCUUAAAUUCUUAUUCACCUUCUUAUAUACACAAAUUAAUAUCUCUCUAUAUACAACUAUACCUUGAACAUAUGUCAUCAGAUCUUUUCUAUAGAUAAAAUUGGGUCAUUAGAAUGUGUAAGGAGAAUGGAUGAAACUGUAAAGAUAUGAAUGUAUGUGUGAUAGAGGGGGUGACUGAGAGUAAUAUACAAAACUCUCAGUAUUCUGUACAGCUUGUAUUUUUAUUACAGGAUUGUAAUCUUACAGUUUUUGUUAGAAUAGAAAUUCUUUAUAUUAUUUGUGUUAUUGUACAUAUUUACUGCCCUGUAGAAAUAAUGGCUUUCAAAAAGAAAGACAAAUUACACUUUCAUUAUUUCUGAUACAUCAAAGUCCUUUUCAAUAUAGGACAGGUGUUUCGAGACAGCCAGCUUCAAACAGAUGUACAAAUUAAUUUAGGUAUGUGCAAUCAAAACAUGAUUGGACAUGUUGGGAAGUACGAGUAGAUCACAGUUGAGUGAGUGCCAUUUUCUUGCUAGGAUUUAACUGUAAAUACUGUCUUAUUAGUGGACUGGCUCAGCAUUUUCUUUAUUUCUUUCUGCCAUCAUGGUAACAGUUAAAAGUUUCAAAAUAAAUCUACUUUGCAUAAUAAUAACAAAUUUAAAGACAUAAAAUACCUUUUCAAAAAGUGCUUUAGAAUUCUCCCUUGUGGUUUCAGUCUUGAAGGUGGGGUAUACAGAUAUUCUCAAGUGGUCUGUGGCAAAAGUUGUUUUAUUAUAUGAAUAUUAUGUGUGUCAGUCAUUGCCUAUUGUCUGAGGUUUUGUGGAUAAUAAUUAAUGGAAGAUUUUUUUAUUUAACUAAAUUGAAUUUCAAAAGAAGAUCUUGAAUUUUUAUCACAACAUGAACAGAGCAAUAAACACAUUUCUUAUUCUUUUGCCACAAACAAUGCAUCAAGAGUCCUCAA